AUGUCGAAUACGGGGCCCUCUGAGCCGUCCACUUUCACAUCAUACUCUAGCAUUGAGACCCCAAACGACUGCGAACCCCGAGAGAUUUUCUCCCAGACAUUCGAAGAGUCCCUCUGGCGGCAAUUAAUUGUUUACGACGAUCCUGAAUGGAAGAGUUUCUUUUCCCCUUUGUGGAGGGCGCUAGAUGCGACAAAGCGGAAAAUACUUGUCAGCAAGAUCAUGCAAAAGAUAGAGUUCGAUGAAACGAUGGACCUCAGCGACCAGGAGGCUGUUGAUAGAUUGGCCUUAAUGUGGGCUUUAGAAGUUAUGUUCCAAGUAAUUAAAAAAAACCCAAGGUUGAGGCAAACUCUGAGGAAAGCCCCACCAAAUCAUGAACUCCUUCGAAAGGCAGUUGCGAGAUCGGCGUAUACGAAGGGCCCCACGCCGGAUGAUCAAGCCUGA